GUUUAAUAAUAUAGACUUGGAAUCCUCGUGGUGUAUUUAGAUAGACCUGGAAUGAGUCGCGUUCGGUGCGAGGCCGAGUUGGAGAGCGCGCGCAAGAAGCCGCGGCAGGAGGCGAACGAUGUGCUGAUCGUGCCGUUCGGGCCGAUGUCUGCGGAGGCAGGCGAGGCGGUUGAAGCGCAGCGAUCGGAGCGCGCCAAGGCCGACGCGCUGCUGGGCGCCAACAUGCUGCUGCCGCCGUAUCAGGGCCGGCUGGUGGCGCAUCUGCGCGCGCGGUACGCCUUUGUUCCGAUCCCGGGGCAGACCAAGCUUCGCAAGGUGUACGCGUGCGAGACUCCGGCCUGCAACGCUCGUAUGGAGUGGGUUGCCAAGGAUGCUACCGCCAAGGCCUGGCUCGUUUCGCAUAGCCCGCACAGCCAUGCGGCAGCCGCGCCGACGCCUACGGCGACACCCGGCCAGCUGACAAGGUGUGUUUGAUGGAGUGGGACCGUGUGUGUUAGUGUGCGCGUGUGGGUGCGGGGUGGGGGUGGGCGUAGGGGGAGGGGGGCAGGCGGAAUCGGGGCCAGGCAAGCGGGCGAGAGGUACAGGAGCUCGCAGUGGGCGCGAGGUACAUAGGACCGCACAGGGGUGCUUUGUGGGGCGCUGUUUUGAGCGGGCAUUUGCGCACGUGCCGUGUAUAUACAGGCAAGCGCUGCGCAACAAGAACUUCUGCAUCGCCAAGAGUUGGGUGGAGACGUUCAAGCGUACACUGGUCGCCGCUGAGCUGAGCAGGUGCAGUAGGUGUGCGCGGCCCUGUUGUGUGCAGUCCAGCGGGAUGUCUCAGCACAGCAAGGGCAGGGCACCAGCGUACUGAGAUCGGACAGGUCUGCUGCGCGUGUGGCAUGACUCCCCCGGUGCGGGGGACUCAGGCGAAGCGCCGGUCGCUUGCGGCAGGCGUGGCUGCCGAUGCUGUCGUCGGCAGCACCAGGCUCUGCAUCGCCCCAGUUGUGUGGGGCCCGCAUCCUGGGUAGUGCAGCGUUGGCAGGGGGGCAGUUGCGCGGGAGUAGUUGCGUGUGGGAGGUGGAGGGAGGUGCAUGCGCAAGAUCUGUUGCAGCAGUGGCAUGACUCCCCCGGUGCGGGGGACGUAGUCAUUGUUUGCACACUCCGGAUGCACAGGCCCGGACUGCCAGCCCGUGCACCCCGCACACGCCGACAAAGGAGCGCUCAUAAGGUCUACGUCAUAGAAGUCGGAUACUGCUCGGACCUAAACCACCCGGACAAACGCGCAGAGAAGCUGCAACAACACGAAGACCUCGUGGCCGCUCUCCGCGACGCAGGCUGGGACGUGAUGUACAGCCCAGACACUGUAAUUAGCCUUGGCC